AUGCUUUCUCUUCUUUCUCUGAUCAUAGCUUCAGGAACAGUACUGCGCGCAGAUACUGAGCAGUGGGAACCCACAACCUAUCCUGAUCCUCGAACAAACGCGACGCAGUGCAAUACAGUAGAAGACUCAACUUUGUGCGAUCCGGAUCGCAUUCUCACGGAUACCUGGCGUCAGGCAAUUCACAACAACAUAGUUGCGCAAACAAACAGGUUGCAGAACGCUGACAUUAAAUAUACGGAAAACGCAACCGAAGAGUGUCGUGAAGGAAGUUUAACCGGAAUUCGAAUAUUUGUUAUUCUUGCGAGAAGAAUUAAUACCACCUUUAGUCAGAACAUUACCAGUAAUGACCUGACAAAUUUCGGGCACGGCAUAAGAGAAGCGUUCGGCCUCGACAUGUUGCCCUGUAAAAACUAUAUUCUUGUUCUAGCCGUAGAACUUGCGAAAGAGAUCUAUGUUUGGACUGGAUCUGAUCUUGCACUUCCCGAAGGUCGCAUGGAAACUUCUCUGGAACAAUAUAAGAACUUAUUUUUGGAAAGGAAUUACAUGCAAGGAUUGAACAAACUAGUGGAUGAGAUCGGCAAUGUUCUUGCUGAUCCGUAUAAGGGAAUGCCGAUAUCCAAAAGUGAAAAUGAAAUGAUGUUCAACUCCACAGUCGACAGCUACUCUGAAGGCGUUACUACUUCGUCUAAAGAGACAACGUCUGCUCCUUUCUGGGUUUUUACAAUCAUAUUCGUUUCUGUCAGCGCUGCCGUUAUUUCGUUAAUGAUGCUGGUCGUGCUAUUGUUGAAGCGGAACAUGGCUCAUGAUGUGAACUCCUACACAGUGAAGAACGAAAAACCAGGCUACAUGUCGAUGAACAGGUUUCUACGCACGGAAAGUGCAAGCGCACUUCAGCCUCCUAAGGCUACCUACGAACUUAAGAACAUCUCACAGUUGGGAAUUUCCGGCAGUAGCACUACAAACCAACCCUCUGCAAGUAUAUCUCGCCAUGGAAAAUGCUCUGUGAGUGCCACUUCAUUACCGAGUUCUCUGAAUGGAUCUGGUCACAACUCAUUCCUGUAUAAUGCUCACAACAUGUUCAAUCAAAGAGAGGUUAUUCUGUCGUCGGACGAUCUUUUCGCUGAUAAAUUAGAGAUACGCUGUGUUAGUGCUCUAGAAUCGAGACCUAGCAAGCCCCAAGAGCAUAAAUGGGCCUCGUUUUAA